GUAUCCGCCAUGCCCGCCACCUCGACCCAGCGCUUGCUUACGGUUCCCUGACCAGUGACCACCCAGCGCCUUCGUUCUCCUUUCUUCUAUCCCUCGCCGUCCGUCCCCGAGACUCACCUGCACUCCAUUUCAGUGAGGCUAGCCAUGGUGAAGCUGGCGACGGCGCGCGAGUGCCGCACAUACAGCCUGGGCGCCGGCGCGGGGUCCGGCACGGCGUCGCGCAACCGGUGGGAGUACAUCAACGCCGGGGUGUACAUCUUGGCGGCGGUGCUCCUGGUCGCCGGGUUCCUGGCGCAGCUCCCGCCGUGGGGGCGCGGGUGGUCCGGCAGGCCGGGGCUCGUGGUGACCGCGAUCGGGCUCGCCGGCGUGCUGGCCGUCAACGCGCACGACCUCCUGGCGCACGUCGCCGGCGUCGAUUACCGGCUCGGGACGGUGGCUGGCCUCGACGCGCAGCUCGCGCUCGUCGAGCUCGCCGUCCCCGCCGUGCAGAUCGUCGGCACACUGCUCAUGCUCGUCGCUGUCAUCUUCUUUGAGAUUCAGAUGGAGAGAGGGUACCGGCACAGUCUAGCAGUGCACGGCCUGAACCUGCUCAUAGCCGGGCCGGCGCUGUGGUGCCUGGGGUCCGUGCACAACAUCUGCCAGGUCUACGAGCGAGCGAGCGGGCACGUCCAGCUCCUGCAGAAGAGCGUGCAGAUCCCGCUGCUGCUGGGGAGCACCCUCUUCCUCGUCGCCGGCGUCGUCAACCGGCACGACCGCCGCAGCCGCCACUCCGCCUUCGUGCUACUGGGGAGGAGCUGGGUGUGGUUCUGCGUGUUCGGGAGCCUCUUGUUCCUGGCCGGCGGCGUGCUGAACCUGCUGAAGGUGUUCAAGACGCAGCAGAUGGGCGGGAGGGGACUGGAGAAGCUGCGCGGCGGCGCGCAGGAGCGGCUGGCACUGGAGAGGGAGGGCAAGGUGCCCCUCAUCCUGGAGCAUGGCCACGGCGGCGGCGGCGGCGGCGGACGGACUAGGCCUGGCCCUGCGGCAGGGGCGAUGACGCCGCCGCCCGGGUCCUACAAGGACGCGCUCGUCAGCAGCGCCAGCUAGGAGAGGAACAGAACAGCAAUGGCAGGCCGCCUUGUGUAGAUGCUCAGGAUUUCACGUUGAAGUGUACUCUGCUUUUUUAUCAUCGAUUACGUUCACGCCUGACGCCUGGGUCUGGUUGAAUAAACUUUACUACUGCAGGGGUGCGGUGACAUGUCGGUAAUAAGCGAAUAAUUGCUGUC